AGUUACCGAAUGAUACUGAACGUGAUUUGGUUUACUCUCCUAACAUUGAGAUCAUGAUCGGUUUGCUGUUGAUUUGUGAUCGGUUUGACCCGAUCGUUGUUUCCUAAAAUUCUAAAUUAGAAAAAAGAAGAAGCAUACUAAUAAUAAUAGUUAUAUUACCUUAACGACUUAAAUGAAUGAAUAUUUUUGUUUAUGAUGCAGAGACGAGUAGUUGUAACAGGAAUUGGCGUAGUAUCACCUGUAGGAACGGGAAUAAAAGAGGUAUGGAAAAAUAUUGUAGCUGGAAAAUCAGGAAUAUCAAAACUAGAAGGCUCGGGUUAUGAUUCCUUACCAUGUAAAAUUGGCGGUUAUGCCAAAGAAAAUAACAGUAGAAUAAACUUACUCAAUUACUUUAGUCAGCCAGAAUUAAGAUCUAUGGCUCCCGCAACAGGUUUUGCUUUGAUAAGUACUAAGCAAGCCCUGGAAGACGCAAAGUUAGAUAAAAUGGAUGAUUCAACUAAAAAUGUUACGGGUGUAGCUGUAGGAAUGGGUAUGAUAGACUUGGAAGAUAUAUGUAAUACUUAUGAUGCCUUAAAAAAGGGUUACCAUCAUGUAAGUCCAUUUUUUGUUCCACGUAUUUUACCUAAUAUGGCAGCAGGACAAAUUAGCAUCAGAUAUGGCUUAAGAGGGCCUAAUCAUUCAGUUUCUACAGCAUGUGCAACAGGAGUACAUGCUAUUGGAGAUUCAUUUCGCUUCAUACGAAAUGGAGAUGCUGAAAUUAUGAUUUGUGGUGGGACAGAAAGUUGUAUAUCUCCCAUGUCAAUUGCAGGCUUUUCUAGGCUAAGAGCUUUAAGUACUUCUUUUAAUGAAGAUCCAGAAAAAGCCUCAAGACCUUUUGAUAAGUUAAGAGAAGGAUUUGUCAUGGGAGAAGGAAGUGCUGUAUUAAUAUUAGAGGAGUUGCAACAUGCUUUAAACAGAAAUGCUUACAUUUAUGCUGAAGUUUUAGGUUAUGGACUGUCGGGAGAUGCAUCUCACUUAACUGCGCCUCGAUCUGAUGGAACUGGAGCAUGUUCUGCAAUGGAGAGAGCAGUGAAAGACUCAAAAAUACUCGUAGACCAAAUAACUUAUAUUAAUGCACAUGCCACCUCAACUCCUAUAGGAGAUGCUAUAGAGAUAAAAGCAAUCAAGAAAUUAUUUGCUUUUUAUUGUAAAAACAUUGCUGUAUCAUCUACUAAAGGAGCACAUGGGCACUUGUUGGGUGCUGCUGGAAAUUUAGAAGCUGCUAUAACUAUAAAAGCAAUUGAUGAUGGUAUUUUACCACCUACUAUAAAUUUAGAAAAUGUAGAAGAUAAUGAAAUUAAUUUUGUACCUAAUAUUAGCCAAAAAUGGCAAAAAUGCAAUCGAAGGAUUGCUUUGAAAAAUGCUUUUGGGUUUGGGGGAACAAAUGCUAGUUUAUGUUUUGGGCAAUAUUUAGAUAAGUAAUAAAGUGCAUUUAAAAUAAUUACACUAAAAUUAUUUUUAUUGGACUUGGACUAAGUAAGGGAAGAUAUGCUGUUUCUAAACAAAAUCUGGUCAUAAAGUUGAAUAUCAUUUCUUAAAUAAAUCACCUUAUUUUUGUGUAAAUUUGAACAUGAUUGCCCUAUUUGAAGUAUUUCUAUUACAUAGAAUACUCUCACUUUUUAUUUAUAUACGUCAUAUAUAAUUUUUGCUUGAAUGAAUAAACAUUAAUAACCUAACAUUGAACUAACCUAACCUGACCUUAUCUAAACCUAUGGAGGGUAGAGGUAAGGAGUACCAUCUCAUAUGGGAGCUUAGCUUAAAAAUUGUCCGCUUGUAGAGGGUAAAUUAUAAUUCAAAAUUUGAACAGAAUGGCGCUCCUGUCGAACGAGAUAUCAUAUGAUCGGUCAGUCUUGUUUGAAUAUGCAGUGUUAAAAAAUUGAAAUGUCUAAGAGUCAUCGCUUUAUUUAAAAUUUACACUCGUGCGAUAGUAGCACCUCCCUAACGUAAAGAAUUUGAUGGACACUUUCUGAAGCACUCUACCCAUAUCUAAACCAAAACAACAUAAAGCAAACAAACAAUUGAGAGAGAAAUAAUGGAAUUGAUGUACCACAAUUCGGUUUUAUGUAUAUUUCUUAUUAUAAUAUGUACAACAAAUUCAUUGACAAGGUUUUAUAAUGUUUUAUAUACAGGGCAAGUCGGGAGGAGCGCACCAAGCUCUAGGAGUGUAUUAUACACGUGAAAAUAAAGUAAAAAGCUUAUAUGUUCUUAUCCGAUUUUAGUGCAAAAUCUGUGUGAGGUGGGAAAUCGUUGAUAACUGCUCAAAAACAAUUAUUAAACUAUUAUACAACUUAAUAUAGGGUAUCUACAAAACGCAAAAUAAACAAAUAAAACUAACAACAAAUAAGAAAGAACUACACUUUAGAUAACAACUAUUUUAUUAAAUGUUCAAAAUGACUACCAUUUACUUGCAUACAAUAAUGAAUGCGAUCUUCUAAAGCUCUACUAGCACGAUGUAACAUAUUGACAUCGGCAGUUCGAAAAACCUUCUUAAUUCUAUUCAUGUCUUCGUUAGUAGUCGCGGGUGUUUUGUAUACUUGUUUAUUUUAUUACAUUUUUUAAAGGUAUAAAAUUACUAGUUUGAUUUUGUUACAAAAACUAGAAUUAUUUUAAACGGCACAUUCAGUGUUUACUUUUUCGUCAAGUCCUCAUAUUUUUCGCUCCAACUUGGCAACGUUUAAAAUUUAUCGGAAAAGAUGCAGAAUUUUACGCUCAAUUCAGUGGUAAACAAAUAUACAGGGUGUCCUAUUUAAAAAAACUUUUCUUUAUGUUGUCGCUGUAUACUUCAAAAUAUUUUAGAAAUGUGUAUCUGUGCAAAUAUAACAGCUUUGAUUCAAAAAUUAUUUUUGUAUAUUGUAUCUUAAGUGAGUUAUUGCACUUCCACACACUAUUGAGCCAUCUUGUAUAAAUAAAAUAUAUAUAGACGUGUCUUUGCAUGUAAUAUUACUUUUGAAAUAAAAAUAAAACUUUAUAAUAGGAAUGCAGCAUACAUUAUACUUCAUAUUUUUGUAUAGGCAUACCCACACACCUAUAAUUAGAUCACUAAAUGUUAUUUGUUGUAACCAAAUUGACGUUGACCGGGGGUCUGAACUUGAACUACUAAUAUGACAUCCUUCAUAAAAUAGUGGCAAAUUUAAGUUUUAUUGAAAGGGCGUAAUUUUAAUUAUUUCAAUGUAGUUCAUACUGAUACUUCAGAACUAAUGACUUUUCACAUUUUUCUAAUAUUUCUGAAAAUGGCAUAUUUCAAAUAUUUAACAUCACAAAAAUCAAAUUUUGAGAACAAUUAUGAAAAAAAAAAAUAAAUAAAUUUGGAGUUGGAAUCUUGUUAGGAUAAAAAUAUUUAAGUUAUUGUUUUGCUACUCAAGUAAAAUGUAGGCAAAUAGGCUUUUGAAAGUAAUCUUAUAAUCCUUCAAUUUUAAUAAGAAUCUAAGCAUAAUGUGUGUGUAUUUAUUAUAAAUUUUAUUACUUGAACUUCGUAACAAAUCCCUUGCAGUUAAUUUAGUAUUGCUUAUAGCCGGCAGACAUCUAUUAAAAUGUUUACGUCAUUUUGAGGAUUUAGGAACAAAUGCAUUAUAUUAAUAGGUUCUUUAUGUUAUACACAACAUUUAUUGAAAAUCACAAAAACACGGCCACAACAGAACAAUUAGGAAAGCAUACGCUAAAUGGCACACAGAAAAUUGCACCAAAGCAAAGCCCGCCAAAUUUAAAUACAUAACCAGAAUGUAGUGACUAUUUAAAAUCUACUUUCAAAUGUAAAUUUUUCAAUAUAUUUAUACAGUGAGCGGCAUAAAAAAUAAAUUAAAAAUAUUUUGGAUGGUUGAUACUUCUUGCCAGGUAGUGUACUGUGAUAUAUAAGUGAAAAAAUCCAAAUUAAGAACAAAACUUUAACUGUAGUAUUUUUCAUGUAAAGGAAUAAUGAUAAAAAUUAAUUUAUUCUCUAUGCUAUAUGGGGUUAAUGAAAGACUGAAAACUAAUCAAAAUUGUAAUUCACAUUAAAUAUUUACAUAAGUUACAAUAAAUUUACAUAUUAAUUUAAAA